AUGAAAGUGCUGAGAGGUAUUAGUGCUGUGGUACCGUCGUACACAGGGACUAGGGAAGAUAAUGAUACUGGCAGAGACCAGAGUUCAAAUCGCCUGGCAAAAGUACAACAACUGAUCAUCCAGAUGGCCUGUUGCCAAAACUGGGAGUUAGACAAUCAAUGUCGAGAUGAGGCUCACCCCAGCACGCUCAUAAUCAUCCACGCGGCACUUGAGUGCUCCGCCAACGCGCCUUCGCCCGGUGGCCUUGUAUUGGGGCCAAUCCAGUAG